AUCCACCAACUAUCACUACCUCACCAGUGGAUCAAAUAGUUAACGAACCAAACUCCGUGACAUUAAACUGUGAAGCUACUAGAGGCAAGCCAGCCAUAGCUGUUACAUAUACAUGGAAGAAAGGCAGUGAUGAUAUCAGAAUAGGAGGAAGAUAUAGUCUCAAUGGUGGAUCAUUGACUAUAAGUGUUACUGUAAGAGAAGAUGAUGAUCCACCAACUAUCACUACCUCACCAGUGGAUCAAACAGUUCACGAACCAAACUCCGUGACAUUAAACUGUGAAGCUACUAGAGGCAAACCAGCCAUAGCUGUUACAUAUACAUGGAAGAAAGGCAGUGAUGAUAUCAGAAUAGGAGGAAGAUAUAGUCUCAAUGGUGGAUCAUUGACUAUAAGUGUUACUGUAAGAGAAGAUGAUGGCAUAUAUACAUGUUAUGCUAGUAAUGGUAUAGGACAACCAGAUAGUGCAUCAGCUACAGUUACUGUAUAUUUUCCAACAUGCCUCGAGGACGCGAAAGAUCUAACACCGGCUGUGGCGGCUGCAAGUCUCAAUGAAAUCGUCGUACUCCAGCUCGCUUCCAAAAUGCUGAGACUAUAG